CUUGGGCCAUUAUCCAGCGAUCCAGUGAUAUCGGUAUUUCAGAGAUCAUAUGAUUAACUACGAAAUCGAUCAGUCUCUGAAUCGAUGAUGUUCAAAUUUGAAUUUUGUUCGCUUGAUUGUUUGCAAAGCAAUUCUGAUAGUUUUUUUAUUUUGCGUUUGACGUUCACGAACAGUGGAACAAUCAGAAACAGAAAAAUCACUAGUAUAGAGGAGCAUUAUGUUGGAAGCCAAGCUUUUUUCCUUAAGAACUAAAACUAUGGUUAAAAUCCUGAGACCCAUAGUGCAUAAGGUUGCGGAACUGGAUUCAUACAAAGCUGCAGAAAAUAUGUAUAAUGAAUCAGAAGCAAGAAUUGUGUGUUGUAUCAUGGGAGAGAUACAUAAAAGUCUUUCACAGUUGCCUGAGUUUAAAGGAUCAGAAUACCCCAAAAAAUUGAAGAUACAACUAAAAGCAGCAUUAGAUGACUUUAAUGCUGUUUAUGAACUUAUACUGUCUCAGGUGGAAAACAGGACUGCUAUUACAGCAACACAAAUACAGGUGGUGGGCAGGAAUCUUAUCGAGUCUUUGUAUGAAGUUUUGCUUUUUGAAGAUUCCUUGUUAAAGGAGAAGAUUCAGGAAUCCUUGUCAAAUUGUCAUAGUGCUCUUUGUGACUUACAGAGAGCCAAGGGCAACCACAUCAUAAUUAAAUUUAAGACUUUUGUUGAAGAAAUACUGCACUGUAGGGAGCCACUGAAUGCCUUUGUCAUUAAUCUAGUUGAUCAGAAACAAAGGAAUUUAAUACUGUUGUGUGGAAGCCAGAUUCAAAAAUGCAUUCCUCUAAUGUUAAAAAUGUAUGAGACAGAGGGAUGGACUGACACAGUCACUUUCAAGGAGUCAGGAUCCUACUUGUUCUCACGAAUGCAGUGGUGUAUCUCCGAGCUACUGAAUGUGAUUGAUACUUCAAUGUCAAAAGAAGCUGACAAGAGGGAAGAAAGUGGUGGCCAGUUUGUGCAGAAGAUGGACCUGGUUUUGGAAAUACUGGCAUCUAUAAAAGUUGAGGAAGAAUUUACUGACAUUAUACCACAAGUAAAACAUAUUUUAGAUGAACUUCUUUGUCAUGCAAUGGCUAUAGCUCAAGUGUCAACUGCAAAUGAUUCUGCAGACAUUACUGCGAGCUGUCAGAAAGUGUUACAUGUUUUUGAGGAUAUGAAGAAAAAAUCAGCUUCAGACACAGUAAACCUCUCAGUCCGUCAGUUAUGUUGCUACUCUCUUGCUGAGGUCUUGGAAUCCCUAGAGCAACAGAUUAACCGCACGUUGCUUAGAUUAGUACUAGAGGUGUUCAGUGAACCAUAUAGUCCAUUAAAGAAGCUGGUGAAAGCAUCUUGUAACAUUCCUGCUGCUGGAUGCCAUGCUGAGGAUCUGGAAGUCUUGGUAUCUGCGUUGGAUUUACAUGUGGAUCGAAUCAUGCAAAUUGGAAUGUUUGCUAUGGCUUGUUCAGGGGAUGAAAAACGAAUUUUAGGGAUCCGUAGCUGCCUCGCAAGCUUGGAAUCUCUUGAGUCUGAACUAGUGCCAUCAUUAACAGCUUAUUAUUUGGAUCAUGGCCGAACACCUCAUAGAAAUCACCUUAAGAUCUUGUCUGAUCACUGGCAGUCAGAAGUCCUUAAGCUGGAGGAGCUCAUAGAUGGUAUUGUGGAUCCAGCAGCCUUCUGUCAGGUUGCCCUAGAAGAAGUGCUUCAGAUGGUGGCGACAUUGAAAGUUUCUCUUGAGGGAGAGAAACCAUUCCUGAAGACUUUGUUAUAUGGUAUUCAGAAGAAAUCGUUAAAAUUGGUGAAACAUUUGUAUGUAAGCACUCUUGGAAUGAAGACAUUUCCUCCAGAAUUGAAAAUGGAAAAGGCAGUUGAUGAUUUAUUCCAUGCCUGUAAGGAGUGUUCUGCUGCCAUGGAUGUUUUCCUUUCUGGAUCAAAUUCUGAUGAUUCUAUGUACCUUUCACGACUGUUGAAGCGCUGUAAACUGAUAGUAUCGUACAUGAAGAAACUUCAGCUUCUUCUGUUGGAACAUGUGAAUCAUGCUCAUUCAUUAGAGGAGAGAAAAGACAGUGGAUCUGCUCCUGUGAAUAACUUUAAGGAGGAAGGUGAUACACUUGUGUUUCCCGAGAGUAUUCAUGGUUUGCCAUUGGAUAUUUCACAUAACAGUUCUAAAACAAGAUGUACAUUUACAGAUGGUGUUGCUGUCAAGGAGAUGAAACUGGAAGACACCCAUCUGGUGAGUGGUACAGCUCUUCUACCUUAUCUUGAGAAAGGAAUGAAAUUGCGUCAAGAGCGAAGUAUUUUGUAUCAAACUCCCAAGACAGUGAAGGAGAACCAUCAGAAGUCAAGUAUGGCAUACCAUACUCUUACACAUAGAAUCCAAAGAAGAAUGUUCAGUCGUAAUGAAUCAGUAAAUGUGGACAAGCAUCCAGAAACUAAUUUGCUCCACUUUUCAAUGGAUGAUUCUCUUGAUUUGGAAGUAACAGAUAUACUGGAGAGUCUGACCUCACUAUCGAGUACAUUAAUGACCCAGAAUGUGUCCACAGUGUAGUAGUGUGUAUCUACUGUUUGCGUCACAGCAUCUGAACGUUCAACAUUUAGAAGAAUGAAGUUUGAAAUAUAAAAGUAUGGAGGACUUGCUAGGAUCAAUAUAUCAACUCUGAUACAUACUUGGUCUGAUAGGAUAUGAUAAUGCCAUAUUUAAUCCUGAAGUUGCCUCGACUUCAUAACUGCCCCGCGAAAUUUAUGGAGAAGAAAUGCUGCAAAAUCUUCCAGUGAACUGAUGGAUGUGACUACUUAUGUGCUCAAAAUAUCCUUUGUCUAUUUAUUUAAAUAACAAGCCAUCCAGUAUAACAAAUUUAAUAGAAAGAAUCAGAUUAGACGAAUAGUUUUU